ACUGCUCCUGCAGCCACUGCCACUACCAGAGCAGCUGCGUCAGCGGCGGCCCCACCUCCCGCCGGCUCCCUGGCCUGCUUUUCCCCUUGCGCCGCCCCCCCCCCCAGCAAGGGCCAGCAAGUGAGGCCCUGCCCGAUUGUCGACCCACUCUCUGGAUCUGCUACGUCCGCGGAUCAACACUAUGAAUUUGACCCGACACUCGGGCAUCCCCAUCGUAUCUCCCACCCUCUUCGGCGCCAUCGAUCCCCUGCCAGUGACUUGGGGGCGCGUCUGAAUGGGGUCCGACCAGCUGGGACGUCGACCGCCGCCCCCGCGCCAGCCGGUCGCCAACGCCCCCAUCAGCACCACCACCACCACCACCACCACCACCACCACGGCCAACAUGCUCCCGCAGCAGGUCCUCCACCCGGCCGGCGCCACGACCAGUGCCACCAUCGCCACCGGGCCCGGCGCCGACCCGAGCUCCCUGCUUACGGGGCAUCACCACCACCACCACCACCAUCACCAUGCGCAUGGGGGGGCUUGCGACCCGACGGUCGGCCAGCCAAGCUCCCUGUCGCCGUACCCCGGGGCCGGUCCAUCCCACUCGGCCACCACCCUGCCGACCGUCUCCUCGUCCACCUCCUUCGCCUCGAUCUCGCCCUCCUCCUCGCCAGUGACCCCAUCGGCCGGCGGCGGGACCGGGCCCGGCCCCGCCGGCGCGCCAGUCUCCGCGUCCAAGUCCUGGCGGUCCAAGUUCAAUCGCUUCAUCCGGUUUUCCAGCGGCGGCCCCAGCCCCACAUUGAGCACCACAUCCAGCGAGUCAUCCUCCCUGCUGUAUCAGCCCUCCCCGCCGCAGGUGGUCUCCCCCUGCACCGAACGCCUGGCCACCUCCUCCCUUCCCUCGACCCCGCGGCUGACGGUCAAUUCGGAAGCCGGCGGCAUGGAUGCCGCUGGGCCCCGGGGCCCGGGCCCCCUUGAUGAAGGUGCCUCGGCCUCGCCGGCCCCCGAUGCUGCGCGGAUCACCCCCGACCGGGCCUCCCUACUGGCCUCUCUGGGCCCCGGGCCAGCGCGGCCUGCCGGCUCGCCUGGGGCUGAUCCCCUUCGCCGGAGCUCCUCGGCUCCCGGGCCGCCGGCCUUUCUGGCUGAUCCGGCCGGCGCCUCGGCCGGGGGGGCCUCGCCCCGGGUCGCCCCGGGCACCCUCAUCCACAGUCGCCCCCCCUCGAUGGACGAUGCGGAAAUCCAGCGCGCCAUUUCGGAAGCACGCGACGCCGCGCGCGAGGAAUAUGCCAAGGCGCUGGCCGCGCGCGAACGCGCCCGCCGGCGCGAAGUCAUCCUCACCGGCCUGGUGGAGCCACUCUUCCAGCCCCUUCUCGGGCCUGAUGAGGAUGCCUCCCGGUCGCCGGUUGGCCAUGCGUCCUCCAUGGCCCCGGUCGCCGCCGCCGCCGCUGCCGCCCAUACCCCGGUCGCCACCGGCACCGCCACCACGCCUGGGCCCUGGUCGCCCUUUUCCCCGGCCUCCUCGGCGACCGCCGGCGGGGGCCCCGGGGAAAAUGCCUCACAUCUGGCCCGGCUCCAGCGCGACGACGCGUACUGGGCCUUCCGGCAGGAUCUCAUCGCGCGCCUGCUGGGGAAUUCGGACCUCCUGCCGGGCGACCGGACCUGGCCCGUGUGCUCGGGAUUGCUUUCCAUCCUCCCGGAGGAGGGCCCCUCCCCCGGGCCAAUCACCGCCCAACAGGAGGGCGAUGAGGGGCCGGCCGCCGCCAAUGACGAGCCCCCUGCCGCCCUGGUGCCCGGCCAGCAGCCAGACUCCGCCACCACUUCGACCUCCUCGCUGACAUCCACCAGCCAGGCAUCGGCACCUGCGUCCCCUUCGCCGGGGAUGGGCCCCGGCGGCCGGCGGUCCAGUGCGGUCCUUUCGCCCCCGACCCCCUUGCUGUCCCCCGGCGGCGGCGCCGCCGCCGCCAUGCAGCAGUAUUACGUCGGCCCGCGGCGGCCCCCACCGUCGCACGACCCGUCGGCGGCCAAGUGGCUGGGCUUCCACCAGUAUGACCUGGCCCGGGUGCCGGACAUGACCCCGUGCGGCUUCGACACCUGGGAGUUCGUCUUCAACCCCAGCCAAACGGCCCCGGCGGUGGUGCCCCUCAGCGCCUUGCCGCCCAAUUCCCAGAUGUCCUUCUUCAGCAGCAGCAGCGGCAGUAGCAGCGCUGGCGCUGGCGCCGGCCCCGGGGGAGCUGCCCCCUUGCGCGCAUCCUCAACCACCUCCCUCUCGUCGAUCGCCUCGCUGGCCCUGCCGACUUUGGUCCCGGCGCUGGUUGUCCCGCCCUUGGCAGCGACUCCGGCCGCCGUGGCUCAGUGCCCCGGUCGCCGUGCCUCAGCCGACCCCUGUCCAUACGGUCAAUUGGCCGCCGCUCCGCCCUCCGGCGGGCAGGCAAGCCCUUCACAGCAGCAACAAAAACAAAGGCACGACCAGCCACCUCGAGCCACUCCUGCGCCUCCGGACUGGUCGGGUGUCUCGCCAGCCCCGCCCUCCGGGGGUCCCCCAUCCGCCACUGCCUCCCGGUCUCCCUCCCGCGACAACCCAUCCAAGGAUCCAGUUGAUCCCCUUGCGAUGGAUUCCCCCGUGGCGGCGGCGGCGGCGGCGGCGGCGGCGUCGACCACAGCGGCUGACGCCCUCCUCGGAACGGCUGAGGCCAUUGAUGACCUCAUUUCACAAUACUCCAACUACUAA